GCAAGAGACAAGAAGGUCUAUGUCUUUGAACUCCACUGUGCUUGCCCACUCUCCUUAUUUCCUAGUCACUGGCAUCCCUGGGCUGGAGAAGGAACAGUUCUGGUUUGUCUUCCCCUUCUGCAUCAUGUAUGCCAUUACUCUGCUGGAGAACAUCACCCUUUCCCUCAUUAUAAAAGCAGAGAUGAUCUCGUAUGAGCCCACGUACCUCUUCCUGGCCAUGGUGGCCUUCACUGACCCGGUCCUGUCAACAUCCAUGCUACCCAAAAUGCUUGGCAUCUUCUGGUUGGGCUCUGGGGAGGUUGAUUUUACCUCCUGCCUUGCUCAAUUCUUCUUCAUCCAUAUCUUCUUGUCGGUGGAGUCAGGUGUGCUCAUGGCCAUGGCCUUGGAUUGCUACAUUGCUAUUCGCUGCCUACUGCGGCACUCCAGUAUCCUCCCUGUGCCAGUGGUGGUGGCCACUGGGAGCCUGGUGCUGGUCCUCCUGGUGAGUCUUGCCUGCUUCUUCCUUCACAGGAUGCUCUUUUGCCAGCAUCAUAUCAACUCGCACUCUUACGGUGAGCACAUGGCCGUGGUGAAGCUGGCAUGUGGGGACACCAGAGUCAAUGCCCUUUGUGGCCUCUUCAUGGCCUCCUUCCUGACAGGAUCUGACGUGAUCCUGAUCUCUCUGUCCUACACCACGACCCCAGUGGUAAUGAGGCUGUCAUCCACAGAGGCAUGACAUAAAGCCUUCAGCACUUGUGCAUCCCAUGUCUGGGUCAUCCUUGUCUUUUAUGUCACUGCCCUCUUCACGUUCCUCACCCUGUAUGGACAGGGCAUCCUCCACCACAUCCAUAUACAGGUGGCCAAUCUCUACCUCUUAUGCCUCCCCCUCCCACCCCCAUCAAACCCCUUUGUUUAUGGGGUGAGAAACAAGAAGAUCAGGGACAGGGUGGUCCUCUUCUUCCAGCAAAAAAGAACCUAA